UCCACUAACCGCUCGAAAAAGUAUUUGUUUAGUUCACCUCCGUUUCAAAUCUACGUUCAAAUUGUUGAAUUAUAUUUAGCGUGUGAUUCUUGUUCCACAAAUGAACGAAUAUGCCCCGAAGAGGGAUCGACAGCACUUAACGAAGGUGACUUGAAGGUCGCGAAUGUCACACUGCACUGAUCGGAAUUCUGCAAAGGGCGUGCUGAAAAAGGAAAAUAAUUCAAUCGUUUAUGAGCAAUACAGUGUGAUUUGUAUAGUUUUCCUUGAAAUUGCAGUCGAUGUAGUAGAAACUGCAAACCAUGCAUAUGCAUUUAUUCCGAUUCCUGUUUCAUGAAAGUGGAAAAUAAGUGAUUUCCCAGUGCAGUUUUAACUGUCGUUUUAAAAUUUCCUUUCCAAUGACAGACUCGUUCUUGCCCUUUUCAAACUGCGGUCUUCGUUAUUUUACGUAACCAAAUCGAUAGGCUGGCAUGACGUCACAAUCUGUCAAAGUAUGUUCCACGGCCUAAUUUUUUCCUUUAUUCCGCGAUGAGUUUGUCGUAAAAAGAUUUUCGGGUCGAAAAAAUAUAGAAAAACAAGCGUGAAACCGUAACCAAAGUGUGCAGAAAACUAUUCGCCAGUCGAAAGCAGUUGGUGCUGCUGGAAAAUCCGGCAAAUUCAGGCUGGAAAGCACGUCUUGAGCUCUGCUGACAGAUUCGGAGCUAACCUAUAUUUUUCGAGGCAGUUCGAGUUUUUUUUUUUGUAGUAUUUUCUCUCGCUCGCAUACUCAGCAGAAACUCUGCUGGCACUUAUGUGCUGCGUGGAGAGGAAUUAUAAUUGAUGAUUCAAUGCGAUGUGGAAAACUGAUUUAGACAUGCACUUGUUCGAGUAUUGAACAGCCCAAAAAGGUGCGGAGAAUUAUGAUUGAUUUGGUGUGACGUCAAAUUUACCGAAUCAAGAAAGUAUGCAGAGCGGAGGAGGACCAUUGCCGCCGACUGGUAUACGGGUAGUGCCGUCGGGUACACCGACUUCCCAGCAGCAGCCCGAUAUACAGAAAAUGCAGUCUCAACCUCCGAUGAUCAAUCAACAAUAUUCGCAACAAAACUUGUUCCGAAAUGCUGGUGCGAACCAGGUACCGCGUACAACGCGUCCUAUGUUGCCGACGUACCAUCCGCAACCGACGUUCUUAACGCACAUGUAUCCCAUGCAAUAUCAACGGAUGCCAUGGACAAACUACGGAUCAAUACCCAACUACCAGCAGCCGUAUUAUGCUCAGUUAAUUCCGAGUCACCACCAGCAGAGCCGACGUAAUCCGGGUCCGGAAAACAAUUUAGUAAAUAUGCAACAGGUUCAGCUGCAGCAUCCGAAUCAGCAAUCUUCGCCAAUGGCAGUGUCUCACGAUCUACUGGCUAUGCAGCAAAUGCACCAACAGCAACAGCAACAGCAGCAGCAGCAGCAACAACAACAACAGCAGCAGCAGCAGCAACAACAGCAAGCUUCUCAACAGGUAUCCGGAGCUGGCCAAGCGCAAUUGGAUCAACUCCAGCAAAAUCCUGCUCAAGUUAGUGUCGGAGGACCACAACAGCCACCGCACGCUAUGUUGGCUCCAAUACAAAUUUCACAUAUGGCCCCGGUCCGGCCAACUCCGACUGGUGAUGUAAUCAAGAAGAAACGUUUUCAUGCUAUCCCGAUCAUCGACCCAAACACGAAGGAGGAUGUACUGGAUAAGAUUUUUAACGAUUCAACUCCGCCGACAUCAACGCCAUCGUCGGCCUCUAGCACCGGCCCUGCAGCACAAGGAGUAGGGCUAUCUUCUUCGUCAGGAGUUGCAGUUGCAACCACAGCAGUAGCAGUAAACCCAACAACGUCUUAUAACACUAUUCCUCCUAAUGUACCCCAAGUUCCACUAAACGCAGCCGUAGAGUCCGACUAUGAUAAUUACACAACUAAUCCUCAGCAGGGUAAUCCGGAUCUAUCGGGACUGAUACAGCAUCAUCCUUUGCCAGCGCAUCUGCAUCAUCCGCCGCCGCCGCUUGUACACCCCGGCCAUCCCCAUCAUCCGCAGCAGUUGCAGCAACUGGAGAUGAGUCGAUUGCAAAACGCUACUCAACACGAACCAGUUUACCAGGGUUCUAUAAAAAUGAUGAAUCCACCGUCGCAUCAUUCGCAUCCUUCAUCAGCGGCAGACAUGACUCCGGCCGGAACGCCCGUGGUGUCGGCGAUCGUUGACAGUCCCUCGGUUGAAAUAAAACCCCUUAUGAUUAAGAAGAAGAAGCCCAGUGGCGAAAUGAUCAUUCAGCAGUCGCACCAGCAUCAACACCAACCUCAGAAUCAACAGCAGCAGCAACAACAACAGCUACAGCAACAUUCAGUUCAGUCUCUUCCAGUUAGUCAACAACCGUUGCAUCUCCAACAUCAGCCGGUUGCAGCCGUUCUAACGAGCGAACCUGUACACAUUCCGUACAUCAGAGCGGAACGAACUAUUUCGGAGAAAUCGAUUGCCGAAUCUACCCUGUCAACGGAUGCAGAACCGUUUGUGUACACUGGACCGAGCAGCAUUAGCAAUCCACCGCCACAGCCGACGAUGUUGGUUCAUAUGGAAGAGAUGACCCAUCCGCCACCACUGGCCGCUAUCGUAGUGCCGGAUUUGGUGGUUCCAUUCGUACCGGCUGCCGCUGCAGUUCCAGCAAUGCCAACCGGUCUAGUGGAGCAACACUCGCAACAUGAAACAGUGCUCAAACCUGUCGAGAUGGAGGUGGCAGCUACUCCACAACCGGAACCCACUAGGGCACCUUCGGUAGCCAAAGAUAUCGCCGGCAGCAAAACGAUAGAAACUUUGGCAACGAGCGUGGAGAAACUUAGCGUAGAAGAUAAUACUAGCAGCGGAACCGCCAGCUCGAACCGAACUGGCCACAACAACAAUAGUAACAGCAAAAAGCAGAAACAAAACAAGAAACGGAUUGAAGAAUCGCUGGGUGCUAGUGAGACUGGCAGCAACAGCAAAACUCCUGCAACAGUAGCAGUGGUAGUGGAACCGGUGGUGCCGGCGAUCGAUGAAACUGAUCGAUCGAUUAUUUCGACGGCGGUAGAAACAUCCCAGCAGCAGCAACAACAACAACAACAACAGCAUCAUCAUCAACGAUCGCCGUCGUUAAUUAGUAAUUUAGUGGAACAUAAUACUAGUAAGUUAGAUAAUGAUAACAUAAUUAAUAAUAAUAAUGUGGAUUGCACCAGUACUACGAUUACAACAAUUACCGAUAAUUCGACAGAAAGCAACAACGCAUCAUUGCCGAUGGAAAACGCUAGACAACUACAACAACAACAACAGCAGCAACAGUCGCUCGAUUCCCGACAGCACACCCCUGUAAAGACGGACGAAGAGAACAAUGUCCCUCAAAUGCAAACGUUUACACAACCGCCUCCACUGCUGCCGAUGACGCUACCGCCGCCGACAUCGCAACCACAGCAACCGGAAUUUGACGACAACAAGAAUGUCGUCGCGUCGGAAAGUGUAAAACCAACACACGAAGCCACACCGGACCUGGAGUCGAAGGAACUUCAGUCGGCUACGGCGGUAGCAGCGGUAGCCGACGAGGCAAAUCUCAAGCCAACGGUGCCGGUUGUUAAGAAGUCCCGGUCGAUCACGCGCAUCGAGUAUGAUCCGGACCAGUGGAGCCCGGAGAAUCCGUCAGGCAAGAAGAAAUAUUCUCGUGAUCAGCUGAUGCAGUUGAAAAAUGCAGCACCGGCGUUUGAGAAACCGGUCACGCUUCCGAACAAUUUGGAAAAUCUUAUAACCCGAACCAACCACGGUGGAGGCGGUGGCGGUGGUGGUGGUGGUGGCAUGGGCCAUCCCAUGGGAGGAGGUAAUCAGUAUGGGAAAAGCAAUUUCACCGAAAUGUUACUUCCAAAAUUCAUUAUCUCCGGUGGCGGAGGAGGUGGCGGAAACAUGGGUCAAAUGCGACAGCCGUACCCUGUAAAGCGUACGUCGCAACAGGGCAAUCAGGGCCCAUCCGGACAGCAAUCCAACAAACAGUCCCAGCAAAGCAUGAGCAAAACCGGAUCGAAAAUCAUUCGUCUCCAGCUAGACGAGGAGGUGAAGCUGAACGAAUGUGCCAAUGCCUGGCGUCCGAGACAUUUGCAGUCCAACGAAAACAUUGACGACAAUGAUCGGGCAACACAAGAACUGUACAAGAAAUUCCGCUCGGUGCUGAACAAGCUGACGCCGGACAAUUUCGACAAACUGGUGCAACAGGUCAAAACGUACGUGAUCGAUACGGAUGAAAGAUUAACCGGUUGUAUAAAACUUGUUUUCGAGAAGGCGAUCUCCGAACCGAACUUCUCCGAAGCCUAUGCCAAGAUGUGCAGAGAAAUCGGAACGAUUGCCGUGUUAGCUACGAACAACGACAAAGACACGAAUUUCCGGACACGUUUGAUCUGGCAGUGUCAACAGGAGUUCGAAGAACGACGGAAUGAUCAAACCAUGGCUAAAAGGGAGAACCGUUUGAAACUGGAAAAGAACAAGGGUCUGGCCAAAGAACAACUAGAAGAGCUCCGGGCACAGCUGGAGGAAGAUGAACAGAGAGUUCGAAGAAGGGCCGUUGGAACGGUACGGUUCAUCGGUGAGCUGUUCAAACACGGUCAGCUGGCGUCAAAAAUCAUGCACAGCUGCAUCACGUCGCUACUGAUGACCGAAGACAAAAACUACGACGAGGAAACGCUCGAGUGUGUCUGCAAACUGCUAACCACGAUCGGUUCAAAGAUGGAAGAUGAACACAAGCAGGAUCUGACCAUUUACUUCGAUAAAAUGGUCGACAUCGUCAAAUACAGGGACCAGUACAACAUCAGCAGUCGAAUACGGUUCAUGCUGCAGGAUGUAAUCGAUUUGCGCCGGAACAGAUGGCAACCACGACGCACGGAUCUUAAUCCGAAAACAAUGAACCAAAUCCAGAAGGAAGCUGAAACCGAACAGUUGCAGCUUAACAUGAGCUACAUGUCGCGUAACAAGGAUAGUGGCUAUUCGAGUGACAUGGGCCGUGGAAAUCGUGGCAAUAACCAAACCGGAAACUCCAAGAUGGGUUCGGGAUAUAAUCAAGGCUCGCUUGGACGUGGCGGCAACCAGAACUCGAUGAAGGGUGGUCGAAUGCAAACCGAUGACGAUGGGUUCCAGCAAAUCUCCAAUCGAAACAACCGUUCUCUGCCGAUCGAUCCGAAAAAGAUCAACAUUCCGAGUCCGGUCGAUAUGCCGGCCCGGCUCGGUGCGGCAACCAACUAUCAAAAUUGGUCGAACACGAGCAACAUGUUUGCUGCGUUGAACAAUGAAGAAAACCAGCAACAGGGAGGAGGUGUCCUGAUGGAUCGCGACAACGAUCGUGAUCGUGACCGAAGUGGAAGCCAUCGGGAUCGGGAUCGUAACCAACGGGAAUGGGAUCGCGAUCGUGAUCGUGAGCGCAGUGUUAGCCACAACAAGAACUCCGGUGGUAAGGAUUCGUAUCACCACAACAAAGGAUCGAUGGAACGUGACCGGUACAAUCGGUACGGAAGCAGUAACAGUCAGAACGACAAUCGUAUGGCUCGUUCGUCCCGGGAAUCGUCUUCGGGUGGUAUGAGACCGAUGAGCGGUCAGCAACACAGCAACAGUCAAAUGCAUGAUCGAGACAGAGACCGUGAUCAUAAUAUGGGCAAAAUGCCUCCUCCCCAGCAGCAACAGCAACAGCAACAACCAUUGCCAAGUCGAUCCUCACAGCAGCGACAUAUUCCAACACAAUCCAAUCAACAGCCGUCGUUGUCACAAUCAGGCCAGGGUCGAUCUGGUGGUCCACCGUCGGCCUUAUCGAAAUCAGGCUCCGGACAGUUGUACCAGGCACCGCCCCAACAACAGCUGCCACAAUUCGCCAUUCCAAAGGACGUCGUGACCGUGCGAAGAAGCUUCCUAACACCGGACAAAGACAUCGAAAUCAAGCUGGUCAAGUUCUCCAAUAGCAUCAACAACGAAAUGGAGGAAGCCGAUAUCGACUACAGUUUGGAAUUCGUGCGGGAUAUCAAACCGGAAUACUACCAUGCCGCCGUUAGCAAGCUGCUAAUGGAUAACCUCGAGCGAGACAUCAAAUCGCGCUCGUUAGCCGUCCGAACCAUCAGCCAGAUGUUCGAGGAAAAACUAAUCACCAAAGCGGACUACCUAUACGCUCUGGAGGAAAUAUUCAAAAGCGCAGAAGAUUUAAUUAUUGAUCUACCUCAGCUGUACAAGUACACAGCGACGUUCUACGUUCUGUUGCUUAAAAAUCGCCACGUUUCGCUGGCAGAUGUACUCUCGGUAGCACAGAACGUCAUUGAUUCGCACGGUGCUGUCUUGCUGAAGGAACUGCUGCUCCAGUAUGAAAGCUUGUUCGGCAAAGAUGCCACCGUGCUGCUGUGGUAUGAAUCAUCACUCGAUUUUAGCGACUUUAUCAAAUCAGCUCCGGCCGAUCGGGAGAAAUAUCUGCACGAUGCCAAGCUCGGUUAUCUGCUCGAUACGGGCAGCAAAGCCCUGGAUAUGCAGACGGUCGGUGAGCAAAUAAAGGAUUUCCUGCGCAGCAAUGCCAAGUUCAAGGAAAUAUUUGACUGGAUUACCAACUACGUUGGUCAGGAACGAAUAUCCUCCAACGAGUUUAUCCGAACCAUUACGAAGGCGGUGAUCGAGCACUGCAUCGACAACCGAACGAAGCUAAGCUUGAAUGAAAUCCAAAAGUGGCACCAGAUACUGCAAAAGUACAUUGAUAGCAAACCGGAACGGGAACUGCAAGCACUUUACGCCAUUCAGCGACUGGUGGUGGAACUGGAACAUCCGCAGAAUCUGCUGCACACGAUACUGGAGCAGCUGUAUGACUGCGAUGUGAUAAUGGAUGGCUUCAGUCUCUGGAAGGACUCAACAGAUCCGCUCGAAGCGGAAGGCAAGGGGGUGUGUCUCAAGGGAAUCACACAGUUCAUGACCAUGUACAUGGAGAAUCUGAGCGAUGAAGAAAACUGAUGCUGAACUUUUUUUUUUAAUCGAAAGGAAAAAAACGCCGCGUAAAUAUUUGACUAUAUUGCAAACAUUAUUAUAAUGAUUAUACUACUAAUAAAUAAUUGAUAAAAAUAUAAUGAAUAAAUCUAACGUUAAGAACAACAUUUAUUUACAUAUAUAUUUAUAAAUUAUCAAAUAAAGUAUCUGGUGAACCACAAAUG